ACAAUCACUUUUUUAUUUUAAAUUUUCAGUUUAACUUUUCACACAUAGAAUGCUACCGAGUUUUCAUAACUUAAUGAGGUGCUCUUCGAGCGUUUUGCAACAGUCUACAACUAGUAGUGGACCACUACAACCCUUCAAUCAUGAUGAUCUUAAUACGGCCACCUGUUCGGGACGCGGUGAUUGUCUAAAUGGCACAUGUCUCUGUGAAAUACGUUAUGCCGGCGAUGAGUGUAGUGGCUUUAAUUUGCCCUACUAUGCUGGCAUUUCAAGUGUUUUCUAUUUUGUUGCCCUGGUAUCGGUUAUACAAUUGUUUAUCUGUAUAGUGGCCGAAUAUCAAAGACUCAAACAACCGUCUGUGUUAAGGGCCUGUCGUAUUACCACUCAGAAAAUGUUAUAUUUUAUGGUAUUUGUAGCGGCCUCUUUGCGGGGAGCUUACUUUACAACACCGUUGGAUUUACAACCACAAUGGGCUGUUACCUUAAUGUCCGCCUAUUAUCCUUUAUUAAUGACCUGCGCUUCAUUGAUUGUUUGCAUGUGGGCUGAGAUCUUCCACUUGCGCGAUAUACGCUGGGAAAAAUCACAGUUUUUAUCGAAAAGUUUUCUCGGCUUUAUUGCCUUCAAUUUCUUUCUCUACAGUCUUUUUGGUGUUGAAGUCUUCUCGUCGCUCAUUAACUCCGAACGCCAAACAUAUGCUCAUAUUUUCAAUGGUUGUUAUGCCGUCUUGCUCUUAGUAGUUGUGGUCUUUUUCCUCAUCUAUGGCGUAGAAGUAUUCUUUAAAUUACGCGGUGGUUUUGUAUACGAUCAAACGGGUAAAAUUCUAGGUCCCAGUGAGGCCAUUGUCAAUGCUUCACAGUUGCAUCAAUCACGCCUGGGACUGCUGUCGCAGGCUAUAAUGUUAAUAGUGAUAGUGGGAUUUUUAACAUCAGAGACUUUGGGAGAUUUUUGGAAAACAAAAGUGCCUGUCUAUUCACGCAAUUGGCAUGAUAUUGUCUUUCGCAUUGUUGAAAUAGGUGUUGCUUUGUGGUUUCCUUGCUGUUUAUGGAAUUCUAUGGCUCCCGAACAAUUAUGGAUCUUAAAUCCUCGCAAAUUAAUAUCAAGACAAAUCGACCCAUCGAUACCCACCACCUCAGCCGAAACGAAAACUCUUUCACCCGAAGAGGGACAAUCGUUUUUGAAUAAAAAAGAUUGUUGGAUUUGUUAUGACAACGAUAAACCAGAGCCUUUAAUACAACCCUGCCGUUGCACUGGUGAUGUUUCGUCGGUGCAUCAUGAAUGUUUGAAACGUUGGCUGGUGGAGAGUUGCAGUAAAACGGAGGCACAAUUGUCAUGUAAAGUUUGUGGUUUUCCCUAUGAAAUAGAGAAAACAAAAAAGUGAGUAGAAUUUUGUUUU